AUGAGACUGUCUACUGUGCUCCUGGGCAGCUUGCUCGGCGCGCUCACCCAAGCCGCCCCCACGGGCCAGUUCCCAGGCCACUAUCAAUCCAGCCCGCCACCGCUCGGCCCCAGCAACUGGGAACGCAACCCGGUCUCCGUCUUCUUCAAAGUCCUGAACACCCAGCCAGACCCGGACUACACCAUGCUCAAGGAGCUCGUGACCUACGACUGCACUUACGUGUCCCUGACCUUCGACAACCCCACCCUGCACAGCAUCAUGCCCUGGGCCGGCACGCACACCAACAUCGGCCCCCAGGCCUUCAUCGACAUCUUCACGCGCGUGGGCCUGUACUGGGACCGCGGCCCGUUCACCAUCGACUACAUUUUCGGCGACGGCGGCAACGUGACCGCCUGGGGCUCGUUCACGGCCACGUCGCGCACGCUGGGGAAGACGGUGAUCUCGCCGUGGGCGGCGCGGGCGCGCGUGAACGAGGACAAUCGCAUCUUUUACUUCCAGUGGAUGGAGGAUACGUUUACGACGGCGUCGUCGUUUGGCUCGGAUGCCAGCAACAAGACGUAUGUGUCGAAUCCACAGGGGGGGACUACGGUGGCUUGA